AUGGAUAGGAGAAGCUUCAGACAAGAAUUUCACAGUGUCCAAGAAAUGGAGGAUAUGAUUAAGACCUGCCAGUCAGACCUGAGUUGCAAACUGAAAACACCUCCAGAAGAGAAAUCCUAUGAAUAUGAGGAAUGUAGCACCUUUUCCACCCAGAGGUCGGCUCUCAGCAGGCAAAAGAGAACUCACACAGAAGUGAAACCUUAUGAAUGUAACAGAUGUGGAAAGACCUUCAAGUGGGCAUCACACCUCCAUAGGCAUAACAGACUUCACACAAGUGAGAAACCUUAUGAAUGUAAUGAAUGUGGAAAGUCUUUCACCCAGAAGACAAACCUUAAUGUCCACCAGAGAACACACACAGGAGAGAAACCUUAUGAAUAUAAGAAAUGUGAAAAAUCCUUCACCCAGAAGUCACAUCGCAAUACACAUAGAAGAAUUCAAACAGGUGAGAAACCUUAUAAAUGUAACAAAUGUGGAAAGUCUUUCAGACGUGAGUCAUACCUCACUGUGCAUCAGAUAACACACAUAGAAGAAAAUCCUUAUUCUUGCAACAAAUGUGGAAAGACCUUCAAGUGGUGGUCAUACCUUGGCAGGCAUAACAGAAUUCACACAGGAGAGAAACCUUAUGAUUGUAACGAAUGUGGAAUGUCUUUCACCAAAAAGGCAGAACUUACUGUUCAUCAGAAAACACACACAGGAAAGAAACUUCAUGAAUGUAAGAAAUGUAAAAAGUCUUUCACCUGGAAGUCACAUCUCAAUACACAUAUAAGAUUUCACACAGGUGAGAAACCUUAUGAAUGUAACAAAUGUGGAAAGUCUUUCACACAGAAGUCAUACCUCACUUUUCAUCAGAGAACACACACAGGAGAGAAACCUUAUGAAUGCAACAAAUGUGGAAAGACUUAUUUACUGAAGUCAUACCUCACUUCACAUCAGAGAAGACACACAGGAGAGAAACCUUAUGAAUGUAACAGGUGUGGAAUGUCUUUCACCUGGACGUCACAACUUACUAUCCAUCGGAAGACACACACAGGAGAGAAACCUUAUGAAUGUAACAGGUGUGGAAAGCAUUUCACCCGGAAGACACAACUUACUGCCCAUCAGAGAACACACACAGGAGAGAAACCUUACGAAUGUAAAAGGUGUGGAAAGCAUUUCACCCGGAAGACACACCUUAAUGAUCAUCAGAGAACACACACAGGAGAGAAACCUUAUGAAUGUAAUGUGUGUGGAAAGUCUUUCACCCGGAAGACACACCUUACUGAUCAUCAGAGAACACACACAGGAGAAAAACCUUAUGAAUGUAACAUGUGUGGAAAGUCUUUCAUCAAGAAGGCAAACCUUACUGUCCAUCAGAGAACACACACAGGAGAGAAGCCUUAUGAAUGUGUCAAGUGUGGAAAGUGUUUCAUGAGGAGGGCAGAUCUUAAUGUCCAUCAGCAAAAACACACUGGGGAAAAACUUUAUGAAUGUAACAGGUGUGGAAAGUCUUUCACCCGGAAGACAGAGCUUAACAUCCAUCAGAGAAUACACACAGGAGAGAAACCUUAUGAAUGUAACAGGUGUGGAAAGCCCUUUACCCAGAAUUCACACCUCAUCAAGCAUAAGAGAAUUCACACUAGUUAG